AAAAUAAUAAUAACAAUAAAAUGGUCAAAUGGUCACCUGUCCUUGAAAACAAGUUUCGCAGGUACUUAAAAAUUUUGUUCGGUAGAUUUGUUGAGUUAUUUAAGAAAAUAAAGAAAAAAUUCAUAUAUAUAAAUAAUAUUUCAUAUGGAUGUUGAAUGUCAAGUGAUCUAAAAUUAUCAGAUGAGAGUAACAGCACAAAGCUCUUUACAGAAUUUAGUAUACAAGCAUCUGCAUCUGCUGGAAGACAUAUAAUAGCAAAGAAAAAUAAACGGAGAGCGAAAAGAAACGAAAAAAAAAAAAAAAAAUAUAAAAUGUAUAUAUAUAUAUAUAUAAGCAAACAACUAUUGACUGUAGAUCUCUACUUGGAUCAUGGAUCUGGGAUCUAGGGACUUAAGUUGAGAACAGUGUGUUGGCAUUCGUCAGUUCACCGUUGGGACUUGACUUGAAAUGCUUUAACAAAAUAACACACGCAGGACUUGGGUCGUUAACACAUUUAAUAUUUAUUAACUUUAGUUAAACUUAAACUUUAAAAACCCUACGGCGGAUGGUUUAUUAUUUUGAGAAGCUGCUGGUACUUUUAGCAGCCGCAGCCGCGAAACCCAAACCCAGGAAAAAAACAUUUUUUUUUUACACCAAAAAUCGUCGAUAGUUCGCUGGUCCACGCGACAGUAAACAAUGGAAUUUAAUAGCGUCCACGGUUAAAAUAAUUUUUUUUUUUUUUAAAAUUCGUAUGCUGGAAAAUGGUCACGUAUCGCAAGUGUGUCAAAUGAUUAUUCAUCGUGUUAUUAUUCGAAAAAAUGUAACUUGAUAUAUAAAUAUAAUGAAAUUAUGUUAGUAGGUUUUUUUACUUGGUAAUAAGUACAUAUAUAUAUGGUAAAAAAAUAUAUAUAUAAUAUAAAUACUUUGAGCUGGUCAUAAAUGAUUCAGUUAUAGAAUAAAUCGGUUGUUGUUCUAAUCCUCAAGAUGUGAAUGAGUUGAAUAAAUAAUAUCGGAUUAAAUAAAAAUAUUUAUUUGAUAAAAGAAAAAAAAAAUGAAGAAUUUUUUGACGAAAGAUACGACGAUACGGAUUGGAGAUACCGUUGAUAAAUCAAUGGGGAAAGUUAUUGAGUGUAAUGUCAACAUGAACGUGUCGGUGUCGAAUAAUAAGAAAACUAUUGUUUAUCGAAGAAUACAAAAUUUAAUGACGUUAUUAAUUAUUGUUACAUUUUUUAUUGUUUAUUUUCAACUUAAACGCGAUGCGCGAGCGUUAGAAGCUCAGAUAAAUUCAAUGAACAAAAAUUUCGCAAUAUUGAUGUUAAAAUAUGAACGAUUAAAUAGAAAUUUAAAUCAAAUUAAUACCCGACAGUACACAACUUCAAAGAUACGACAAAAAUAUAUAAAUAUAAAUUCUGAUAAUAAUAAAAAUAUACAUAAUAAUAAUAAUAAUAAUGAUGAUGAUGAUGAAGAAAAUAAAUUAAAAACAAGAUUCGUCAGAUCGAUCGCCAGGUUUAACGAAUACAAUGGAACUGAUAAUGUGCCAAUGAUUACUAAUCAAAAUGAUACUGGUUCCUGGAUUGAUUCACGUGCAGGAAGAUCCCGUAGGGAUGAUGGACGAGGUAAACAACGAAGAAAGCUCAAAAGGAGGCUAAAACGCAGUCGCAGGCGAUUGGGACCAUUGGUAGCAACAUUCGUUGGUGCUGUGCCUGAACAACAUGUCACUGAUACAGGUAUUUACAUCGGCCCUUGGGUUAAGCAAAACGAAUCGCGUUAUGGGUUCAAUAAAUUUCAUUUGGUUGAAGAUAAACGAUCUAUUGAAGUAACUGUUAAUGGAUUAUUUAUGGUAUCAGCUCAGAUUUAUUAUUAUGGUGAACCAUCACAUUAUUCAUAUUGGAUAUUACUAAGUUCUGAAGGCACAUCAUUGACAAGAAAAAUAAUAAAAUGUGCAACAGUAUCAGCAGUUACAGCAACUGAAGCCUCUUGUUAUACCAGCGUAAUUCUUCCUCUACGACGUGGGGAUCGACUGCAUAUACAACAACAAGAACGUGACAGGCUUAUUAAUUUACGUGAAGGUCACAGUUACAUACAAUUGAUGCUACUGUCAAGUGAUCAGCAAAAACGACGAAUAAGUACUUAAAUAAUUCAUUCAUCAACUAGUCGUUUGCGUUUAUUCAUUAUUAUUAUUUUUUUUUUAUUUACUAUUAUCAUGAUAAUUUAAUCAAAGCUAAGGUACUCUGUGGUUACCAAACAUUUUUAUGCUCAGUUUUACGAAUAAUAAGAGUAAUAAAUAAAAUAAAAUAAAUCUAAGGAACUAAUUAAAAAUAAUAAUAAAGAUGUAAGGAGAUAUUUUAUUAAAAUUACAGUUAUUUUAUUUUUUUAUUCAUUUUUAUAAAUUUAAAUUUUUAUUUUGUAAACUUUUUGAGGGGUCAUGUCAGUGCGCUUCGAAAAUGAAGAUUUUGGGGUAAAAAAAAAUUUUUUUUGUUAUUUGAUAAUAAGGGGGGGGAGGUUAAAUAUUUGACGUAACGAAAAUAUUUUUUUAAUAAAUUCUAAGUACCUGACAGGUGGCGCAAUUUUUUGAAAUAAGAAAUUUUUUAAAAAUGUGUACACGGAAAGAAAAUUAUGGGAAGUUUUGCUAUG